AGAAACAUGAUCAUCCAAGGAUGACUAUAAGAAAUGUAAGAAUGGAGUAGGUGGUCAUAUUUCGUUCGGUUAUGGGAAUUUGAUUCACCCGCGCAAUGGCGAUGGUUGAGAAAGAUUUUGAGAGAGUGGAGUUGGGACCGAGUGGGGGCCUCCAAUUUCCUCAGUGGAACCAAUUAUCGCCGGAAGUGGAAGCUGCAAUGUCAAGCAAAAGUAAACCCAAAACCCUCAAAAGCCAAACUCAAACCCAAAAGUCCCUUCAAAAAUCUUUAUCGCUCACCCACUCUCUUCCUUCUUCCUUUCAGCAAAAUUCUUCAUAACUUGUUCCCACCAACAACCCCCAAUCAUCAUCAUCUUCUUUCCUUUUCAUUUUUCUCUCUAUUUUCUCCCCUUUCAUUCCACUCAGACCACCUCGUCCUCGUGUUGUUGAGUUUUUAUUGGUUUUUCUUGUGAUGGGUCCGUUGUGAUUGAUCUAUGGUUUCGUUGAUUAGAGGGGAGGAGAUUAAGGGGUCUUGUUCUUGUUGGCGAAUUUGAUUUUCUGAUGGAUUCCUUUGAUGGGAUUUCUGUGUUUGGGUAUGAUGUGAAUUCCAGCAACAUGGGUAAUUCUGAUUCUUCUGGGGUUCUUGAAAUUUAUGUUCAUCAUGCUAGAAACAUUCACAAUAUAUGCAUAUAUGAAAAUCAGGAUGUUUAUGCAAAAUUUUCACUCACUUAUAAUCCAGACCAGACCUUGUCCACUAGAAUCAUCAAUGGAGGUGGGAAGAAUCCUGAUUUCAAUGAAAAUUUGAGGAUGAAAGUUACUCAGCUGGAUUCUGUGCUCAAAUGUGAGAUUUGGAUGCUUAGUAGGGCUAGAAACUAUUUGGAAGAUCAGCUUUUGGGAUUUGCUUUGGUCCCACUAUCACGGGUUGUUGGUAAAGGGAAAGUGACAGAGAAUUAUAGCCUCUCUUCUACAGAUCUCUUCCAUUCCCCGGCUGGAACGGUCCAGUUGAGUCUGUCUUUAGAUAAAUCAUUGCCUGUUGAUGUGUUGAAUUCGGUAUCAGAUUUGCCGGUUAGUUCAUCUAUAUCUUCAGAAGUUGUGUUGUUGGACAGGAAAAUAUCAGAAGUGAUGUUGGAUUCAGCUGAGUAUUCUAGGAUUGAGUUCCCUGAUGUUAAUGUGGUGAUGGAGAAUCAACAAAUGGUGUCCGAGUACUUUGCUUUGGCCAGAAAUGAUUCUUGUACAAGGCCUGGAAUUGCCACAUUUCUCCAUCUUGGUGCGUCGCCUCCCCAACCACCCUAUGACUUUGAAAUGACUGCUAAUUCAACUGAAGAACACCAACCGGGAUCAAUUUCCCCAAAUGACAGCAGCAUUCAAAACUCCAGCUUUUUAAGCUCCACAACAACGAGUUUGAGUGAUGAUCGAAACUCGGUUGAUUCUGCUGAAAAGAAAAUCCGUUUCUCAGGUCAGUCAUCGAAUUCUGUGAAUGCUUCAGUCACUACGAUUGAUGCCAGAAAUCAAGUCUCUGGUCCUUGUCCAGAUACUCCAACCUCACGGAAGAGUGGCCGGGCUGCAGAGGAUAAGGAAUCAAAAUUUUCAAACAAGAAAGAUAAGAUUAGCAUAAAAAAGGAAGGAAGUAUCCCUUCUGUUAAAUUUGAUCAUCUGUUUUCAGCUCCUUUAGGAAACAUUAAUCUUGAUGCUGAGCAGUCUGCAAUGCAGCAGCAAAUUGUAGACAUGUAUAUGAAGAGUAUGCAUCAGUUUACAGAGUCUUUGGCAAAGAUGAAACUUCCCAUGGAUCUUGAUAAGCCGGAGCAUGAACACCGAGGUGUUGUGCUUCAAACCCAUGAUCCCAAACCAGAAAUCAACCAAAACAAAAAGGACGGAUCUCGGGUAUUUUAUGGUAGCAGGGCAUUUUUCUAAUAAUCAUAUAGGUGGAGGAAAUUCGACACUUGUAGCAGGGUAGAGAACUCAUAACUUAUCAGAACCUAUACAAACUUCCCUGGCUUCAUAAUCAAAUGGUAUUUAUAACUAAUCUUCAAUACUAUUUUUUGUUCUUUUUAGCUUGCAACUCUUCUAAAAGAGUAGUUCCUAAUAUAUCUGUACUAAAUCAUCUGUCACAGUCAUGGCAACAUGACAUUCUUUGUCUUGUGAUUAGAGUUCCGUUUUUUUUUUUUUUUUUUCUUUUUUGCGCAGUGUAUAGAGUUUGAUUGUAUCCAAGCAAGCUGUACUAACGCAGAGAUUGCUUAUAUGUUAAAUAACAACAGUCUUUCUACUCGUUA